AUGGACGGCCAAUCCGUGCCGCAAGAGCCGGGCGGUUUCAUCCCACAGACCGGCCUUCCGUCCCCAGCUCCAUCCUCAGCGUCUACCCGAUCCAUUGCCGGCUUACCACAUCCCAGAGGACACUCAUUACUACCAGGAUCAAAUAAAGAGGACAUGGUGCGUCGGUACGUCGAAGAACGCCUUCUCAACAUAUCACGUCGCUAUGUCAAGAAAUUUGGCAACCCAAACCCGGGAGACACUGUUGUUGGCUUCAAGUCUUUUAGUGAGGUGGCCAAGGAACUCGACGGACUGGUGAACGUCUUGUGGAAAUCUGGAACUCCAAGCUUACAAAUCCCUUUUCUGCUGAGGCUAGCCAGUGACUUUACACAAUACGUUCGGUCUUUUCCGCCGUCAACAAGAUCAACUUUUGAGCUGCUAAGGAAACUUGAUCACUGCUUCGCCAGUUUAUUACGGGGCCAAGACAUCGACACGAAUGAGACACUACCCGGAUUUGAAAAUGGUCUUCGAGCAGGCAUGAGCACGACUGACAUGGUCCGAUGCCGCAGCUUAGUAGAACAGAGUCGGAUGUUGAUGGUGGAGAUUUUGAGUACCGGUGACUUGGACGACGAGGACGAUGAUGAGGAUGACGAUAUGGAUGGCGAAGAAAGCGCAGCGGAGGCCAGUGGCAAUCAGACUCCUACGCCAUGGGAUAUUAAUGAAGAGAGGUUACACUUGGAUGCUGCGCGGAUAUACGAAAACACGAUUGUGCAACUGGGUGAGAGGUUGGGCGAUCCGCUUGGCAACGAAAACAAACUUGAUACUUCGACAGUGUGUUCAACUUGA